GCGUGGUCUCUUGUUCAUCCUGCUUCCUCUACUCUAGAGCGGUGUCCCGGUUUGGGUGGGACGCGACAGCGGUGACCAGGACAGGGGGAACAGUGAUAGUGACUGCGUGAGAACGGGACGGAAAUGGCGAUGGCAAUGUCGGACAGUGGGGCGAGCCGCCUUCGGCGGCAACUGGAGUCGGGAGGCUUUGAGGCGCGGUUGUACGUGAAGCAGCUCUCGCAGCAGUCGGACGGAGACCGGGAUCUGCAGGAGCACCGGCAACGUAUACAAGCGCUGGCGGAGGAGACCGCGCAGAACCUAAAGCGCAAUGUCUACCAAAACUACCGGCAGUUCAUCGAGACGGCCCGCGAGAUCUCCUAUCUAGAGAGCGAGAUGUAUCAGCUCAGCCACCUGCUGACGGAGCAGAAGAGCAGCCUGGAGAGCAUUCCGCUCACCCUGCUGCCGGCCGCCGCGGGCGCCGCGCCAGUCACAGGAGGAGAGGACGGAGGCGGGAGCGCGGGGGGGGCCCGGGACCACCUUCGGGGCCAGGCCGGCUUCUUCCCUGGCCCUGCCGGCCCCUCCCGCGACGGCUCCGGUCCCGGAGAGGAAGGAAAGCAGCGCACUCUCACCACCCUGCUUGAGAAAGUGGAAGGCUGCAGGCACCUGCUGGAGACGCCGGGCCAGUACUUAGUGUACAAUGGAGACCUGGUGGAAUACGAGGCGGACCACAUGGCCCAGCUGCAACGGGUGCACGGCUUCCUCAUGAACGACUGUUUACUAGUGGCCACCUGGCUGCCGCAGAGGCGGGGGAUGUAUCGCUACAAUGCCCUCUACCCCCUUGAUGGUUUGGCUGUGGUCAAUGUCAAGGACAACCCACCGAUGAAGGAUAUGUUCAAACUGCUCAUGUUUCCUGAGAGCCGUAUUUUUCAGGCAGAAAAUGCAAAGAUCAAACGAGAGUGGCUGGAAGUGCUGGAGGAAACCAAGAGGGCCCUCAAUGAAAAAAGACGAAGGGAGCAGGAGGAAGCAGCAGCUCCUCUAGGACCAGCCCAAAUGACUUCCAAGGCGACCAACCCGUUUGAAGAUGAAGACGACGAUGAACCAACUGUGUCUGAGAUCCAAGAAGAGAAGGUAGACCUCUCAAUGGAAUGGAUCCAGGAGUUGCCCGAAGACUUGGAUGUGUGUAUAGCCCAGAGGGACUUUGAAGGGGCUGUUGACCUACUAGAUAAAUUGAACCAUUACCUGGAAGAUAAGCCCAGCCCACCUCCUGUAAAGGAACUAAGGGCCAAAGUGGAUGAGCGUGUUCGACAGCUCACAGAAGUGCUAGUCUUUGAGCUCUCCCCAGGUCGUUCUCUGAGAGGUGGGCCUAAGGCAACUCGCAGAGCAGUUUCUCAGCUGAUCAGGCUUGGCCAGUGCACGAAGGCUUGUGAGCUCUUUUUGAAAAACAGGGCAGCCGCUGUGCAUACAGCAAUUCGUCAGCUUCGCAUUGAAGGUGCCACUUUACUCUACAUCCAUAAGCUAUGCCAUGUCUUCUUUACCAGCCUUCUUGAGACUGCAAGGGAAUUUGAGACAGAUUUUGCAGGUACUGAUAGUGGCUGCUACUCUGCCUUCGUGGUCUGGGCUAGAUCAGCUAUGGCCAUGUUCGUGGAUGCUUUUAGCAAACAAGUGUUUGAUAGUAAAGAGAGUCUUUCUACAGCAGCUGAAUGUGUUAAAGUGGCAAAAGAGCACUGUCAGCAACUGGGUGAUAUCGGACUAGACUUCACCUUCAUCAUCCAUGCCCUGCUGGUGAAAGACAUCCAGGGGGCCUUGCAUAGUUACAAAGAAAUCAUAAUUGAAGCUACUAAACAUCGGAACUCGGAGGAGAUGUGGAGGAGGAUGAACUUGAUGACUCCAGAGGCCCUGGGUAAACUCAAAGAGGAGAUGAAGAGUUGUGGGGUAAGUAACUUUGAGCAGUACACAGGGGAUGAUUGCUGGGUGAACCUAAGUUACACAGUGGUUGCUUUCACCAAACAAACUAUGGGCUUCUUGGAAGAGGCACUGAAACUUUAUUUCCCAGAGCUACACAUGGUUCUUUUAGAGAGCCUAGUGGAAAUCAUUUUGGUUGCUGUUCAGCAUGUGGAUUAUAGCCUUCGGUGUGAGCAGGAUCCAGAGAAGAAGGCUUUUAUAAGACAGAAUGCAUCCUUCCUAUAUGAAACAGUCCUCCCUGUGGUGGAGAAAAGGUUUGAAGAAGGUGUGGGGAAACCUGCAAAGCAACUCCAAGACCUGAGAAAUGCAUCUAGACUUAUUCGUGUGAAUCCCGAAAGUACGACAUCUGUGGUCUGAUGAUUGGACCUGUUUAUAUGUAUACAUGUAUAUUUCUCGUAUAUUAUUUAUAUUAGGUUGUAUUAGCAUAGUCUUUAUAUUCUUGAGCACAACAAAAAAAAUGUCCUAUCAGAAAUGGCAUAAAUCAAAAGAGGAAGGGGAGUCAGGCGGUUGUGCAGUGGGUGGCGCAAAGGGGCUGGCUUGAGGAUCCCGUCUGGAGCACCUCCCCACCCCCCACCUGCAGGGGAGUCACUUCACAAGCAGUGAAGCAGGUCUGCAGGUAUCUUUCUCGCUCCUCCUGUCUUCCCCUCCUCUUCAUUUCUCUCUGUCCUAUCCAACAACAACGACAUCAAUAAUAACUACAACAAUAAAACAAGGGCAACAAAAAGUAAUAAAUAAAUAAUAAAAAGAGCAAAAAGUAAAAUUAAUCCCAAGUAACAAAAACGUUGGACUACUGAAAAAUGUAAUAUGUUUUCCUUUUAAUUAUGCUGAUUCUGUAAUGAAUAUGUUUUACACUGUAACAUUUCAGCUUAUCCUUUGAGGUGGAGCAAGAUUUCUCACCAUAUAUAUUAUGUGACACAUAUUUUUAAGUACUUAUAGUUUAGAUAUACUGUAAAAUAUCUUCCAAUUCAUCAAACGUUAGGCUUCUUAAAGGGCAUAGUGCCAUACAGACAACUUGUCAUAUAUACUUCCCCACCUUUAAAAAUAAUUUGGGGAGGAUAAAGGAGGAGUUGGGAAACUGGCUUCAGGGUUAAUGUUGGUCAAAGGCAUUCCUUCUUGGAGCUAGCAAUGUGUGGACUCAAAUACUUUUAUCCCUAUUUAGAAUACAAGAAGAAGCUUCAAUAAAAGCAGUUCUGCAAUCACCAAUGUCUUUUGACAAGCUAGUGAGUACUUUUAUAGGCUAAUAAGCAUCUCUGUAAUAUUUUAUUUGGGAUCAUUUACUUCAAAAAUCUCAAAAAUGUAAAUAUGUUCAGUGUUUUUUUUUCAGUAUUUCUAAAUUGUGUGUGCACUACCUCUUCCCCUCCUCUCCCCCCAUAUAUACUUAGGGUUUCUUUGUUUGUUUUAACCAGAGCACUACUGACCUCUGGGUUAUUGGUAAUACUAAAGGUAGAACAUAGGACCUCGGGCAUGAAAGUCUUUUUUUUCCCCUCCCCUUUGCAUGACUUACUCUGUUCUUUUAUUUAAAAAUGUGAUACAUCAGGGAACCUAGCAGCAGACAACGACUUAUAGUUCUCUCACUUUUAGUAGGUAAUGAAGUGAUUCAGACACUGCAAUUAGAAUAACUAUUUUCUAAGGAUCCUGGUUCAAGCUCCUGGCUCCCCACCUGCAGGGGAGUCGCUUCACAAGCAGUGAAGCAGGUCUGCAGGUGUCUGUCUUUCUCUCCCUCUCUGUCUUCCCGUCCUGUCUUGAUUUCUCUCUGUCCUAUCCAACAAUGAUGACAUCAAUAACAAUAAUAACUACAACAAUAAAAAAAAAAAAGAAAAACUAUUUUCUUUCAGUGCCUGCACUUUUCCCCCUUUAUUUACUUGAUAGGAAAGAGAGAGAGAGAAAAAAGGGGCCAGAUUAAGCACACAUAGUAUGAAACGCAAAGACCCCCUCAAUGAUUCCCACUUGCUGGGGGGGGUCGCUUCACAAGUGGCAAAGCAGAUCUGAAGGUCUCUCCCUCUUUCCCCUUCCUCUCAGUUUCUCUCUGUCCUAUCCAAUAAAAAAAAAGAAAAAAUAUAAGCCUUCAAAAAAAGAAGAGAGGGAGAAUGACAGAAAGACACCACUUAUAAAACUUCUCCUCUGAAAGUGAGGAGUAGAGGUUCUUGUGCAUGUGCACUUAAAUCAGGUACCCAAUAUUUAUAUUUCAAGACCUACCUGGAUGGAAAAAUUUUAAAAGUCAUAUGCAAAUACCAUUGUGUUCUCAAAUACAAUUGUUUUUAGAAGAGAUUUGUUUAGGGACGGUUUUUGUUAUUUAUAACAAAGAACAGAAAGUUGUGACAAUGCUCCCUAAGCAAAUAGAGAAAAAGACACUUUUGUGACCCUUAAUAAAAUGUUCCCUACAGUAUUUUUGUUUUCUUUUUAAAAAUUUUUAAAAUUAUUUUUACCUAUUUAAUAAAGUCAACCAGAAAUCGAGAGAGAAGAGGGAGAUAGGGAGGGAGAGAGAGAUACAGAGAGACACACUUGCAGCACUGCUUUACCACUUGCAAAGCUUUCCUCCAUCAGGUGAGGACUGGGGGCUUGAACCCAGGUCCUUGCACAUUUUAACAUGUGCUCAACCAGGUGUGCCACCACCAACCCAGCCCUUGGUUUUUUUUUUUUUUUUUUCCCUUUAGGGUUAUUACUGGGUUCAGUGCCUACACUAGGAAUCCACUGCUCCUGGAGGCCAUUUUUUCCAUUUUUGUUGUUGCUGUUGUUGUAUAGGACAGCCAGAAAUUGAGAGAUAUGGGGAAGACAGAGAGUGGGAGAGAAAGAUAGACAUAUACAGACCUGCUUCACCUCUGGUGAAGUGAUCCCCCUGCAGGUGUGGAGGUGGGGGUUCAAACCAGGAGUUUUACUAGGAUCAUUGCACUUUGUACUGUGUGUGCUUAACCCACUGCACUACCACCUGUACCUCCUACUUUUUCUGUUUAUUUUAAAAGUGAAUGUAGUACUCCUUCAGAGUUAGUAAAACUAAAGAAAAUUAAGCUUCCCAAGGUUUCUAAACAAUUGCUUCUAUCUUUAUUUGAUUAUGUAACAUUCCUCAUUCUUUGAGAGAAACCAAGAUCUUUUUCUCUAUAGUGCCAUGUUGUGAUUGCUUUUAAGUUUUUCAUUUUAACCAGAGCACUCUGGGAUUUGAACCUAGAUCUGAGCCUCGGGCAUGUGAACCUAUCUCUCCAGUGCAUGUAGUUGUGAUUUUUGUCCAUGUGUGCCAUUUCUGAUACCAGUGACUAUUUUAUCUUUUAAAAAGUGUGGAAAAUAGGCAAAACCAAAAUUAUCUUCCAAUACUGACUUGACAUCACUGACUUACUUGUAUGCUAAAACUCUUAUUUUUGGCUAUGCAUAUUUAAAAAGUUGGAAAGUGUCAGUGUUACAGAUUUUCUUUGACUAACUUUAAAAAUUUUUUUAUAUUUAUUUAUUCUCCCUUUUGUUGCCCUUGUUGUUUUAUUGUUGUAGUUAUUAUUGUUGUUGUCGUUGUUGAAUAGGACAGAGAGAAAUGGAGAGAGGAGGGGAAGACAGAGAGGAGGAGAGAAAGAGAGACACCUGCAGACCUGCUUCACCGCCUGUGAAGCAACUCCCCUGCAGGUGGGGAGCCGGGGUUCGAACCGGGAUCCUUAUGCCGGUCCUUGUGCUUUGCGCCACCUGCGCUUAACCCGCUGCGCUACAGCCCGACUCCCCACUUUGACCAAUUUUUAUGUUAGUUUUUUUUUUUUUUUUUAAGAUAACAGGAUAGCUCUUCUGAGCAAAAACAAUUACAGUUUAUCUUGUUUUUUAUCAUGGGAGACUUGAAAUUAAUAAAAUUAUUGUGAUUAUUUUGUGCCACAUUUAAUUUCUAAAAUUCUAAUGUAUAAAGCACAUGCUGUAUAAAUAUUUGAUGCUGAGUUCAUAAAAUGAUACUUCCAAAAUUAAAAUUCUUAAGACAUAAAGUUGUAAAAACUUAAAUGUAUAUACUCAGAUAUUUACAUGGUUGCUUCUUCAUAGUGCUUUUUAAAACUGGAAUUACAAAUGAGCAAGGCAUUGGGGCACAUGUUACAUACAAUGCUCACAGACCCAGGUUCAAGUAUUUGGUCACCACCUGCAGAGGGGAAAUUUCACAAAUGGUAAAGCAGUGCUGCAGGUGUCUUACUUUCCCUCUCCUUUACCUCCCCCUUCUCUCUCAGUUUUUCUCUGUCUCUAUCAAAAAUAAAUAAAUUUUUUUUUAAAUUCAGAGUUUUUUCUCUUAAAUAUGCAUGUUCUUUAAUCAGAGUUAUAGCUGAAGGAAAUAUGCUUUUAGUGAGUCUUUGUAUUUGUGUACCUUUUAUGUCAAGGCAGCAGUUACAGUGCCUUCCUUGAAGUUCUAAACUUGAAUACAGGGAGAGAUUACCCAAAAAUAAUACAUACUGUGAUAUACAGUUAAGAGUGUAUUCCUACGCAAAGUCCAAGGACCAUUGUAAGGAUCCCAGUUUGAGUCCCCAGCUCCCCACCUGUAGAAGAGUCGCUUUAAGGUGGUGAAGCAGGUCUCCAGGUGUCUUACCUUUCUCUCCCCCUGUCUUUCCCUCCUCUCUCCACUUCUCUCUGUCCUAUCUAACAAGGAUGACAUUGAUAACAACAAUAAAAAAAACAAGGGCAACAGAAGGGAAAAUAAAUAUAAAAAUAAAAUAAAUUUAAAAAAAAUUUUUUUAAAAGAGUGUGUUGCUUUUGAGGGCCAGGUGGUGGCAUACCUGGUUUAGUGCACACAUUACAGUGCACAAGGACCCAGGUUCAAGCCCCCAGUCCCCACCUGCAGGGAAAGCUUCACAAGUGGUGAAACAGUGCUGCAAGUGUCUCCAUCUCAAUUUCUCUCUUGUCUCUGUCCAACAGUAAAUAAAUAAAAAUAUCUUUAAAGUUUUUUAAAAGAGUGUAUUGAUUUCUCUUGUUUGCUUUAAUUUGCUCGCUUGAAUUUAGAAUCACAGACUUACUAAAUUAAUUAUUGCUGAAAAAGUGAUAUCCAUGGAAUUAAGUCUUUUGAUUAAAGCCUCAUUUCACUAAGGUGCUGAAAACUAUUUAUUUAUUUAUUUAUUAAGGAGAGAGAACAAGAGCACCAUUCUAGCAUACAUAAUGCCUAGGAUCAAAUUAGGGUCCUCAUAUGUGAGACUCCCAGACUGUGCUACUUCCUGGGCCACCUCACUAAGUUUUAUUUAAAAUACUACCUAUAGUUAAAUUAUCAGCAUGUGUGUUUUGCAACUUGCUUACCUAGGUUAGAAAUUUCAGGACAUUACAAGUAAUAUAAAGUCAGUAUAUGUACAUUUUUGAUUAUAUGUUUUAAUAUAGGGAAAUGAACUGUUUUACCAAAAAUUUUAAAUUAUUUACAUUGGAUAAAAUUGAUAUUACAAUGUUCUGUUAAUCUUCUCUAAUCAGGAUUUAAUAUAUUGUUGUUAUUGAAAUGUUGUUUGAAGAGGGCUAGUAGUAAUAGUGCAGCUGAUUGAACCAUUGGCUUGCCUGAAGUUCCUAAUUUCAUUCUCAGCAACCUGUGUACCAGAGUGGUGCUCUGAUUUGUCAUCUUUCUCCGCCUCGUGAAAAUCUCUCAUAUGUAAUAAAUAAAGUAUACCUGUUAAAAAAUGAAA